AUGUGGAAGCCUCCGAUCAAUUUCAUCACGCUGCACUGGGCCUACAUUCUGACCGUCGGUAUCCUGGCCUUCCCCGUAAUCUACCCCUAUGGCAAUCUAUCGGCUAUAGACACGUAUUACUUUGGAGUCAGCGCUUCCACUUCGUCGGGCUUGAACCCCAUUGAUGUCAAGGCCCUCAAGACGUAUCAGCAAGUCUGGUUCUACUUCACCCCUAUCGUGACCAAUUUGGGCUUCAUAAACAUCAUCGUCGUCAUUGUGAGGUUACGCUGGUUCCGCCAGAAACUCAAAGACAUCCCUGCUGCUCAUAUUCGACCAAGGAGCUCGCUCGGAAAGUCUACCGACCCGCGAAUCCAGGUUCUAGCCAACGUUGCCGACACAAGGGCCCUUGAGAGUGGCCUGGCUAGCGAGGCGACUGUCGCGGAAAAGAAGAUUGAAGCCGGAGCCGAACAGAGUGACGCCUCAGCCGCCCCUCGAAUCACUUUUGCCCCUGACCCUCGCCACGUGGUCAACGAAAAGGGUGCACUCCGGAUUGCUGGGCCCCGCGAUGGCGACAAUGACCACACCAUCGCUUCCAUGUCAGAUGAUGAGGACGAGGACCAGAUUAAGCCAAUUGCAGAGUCAAGCAACCCGCUCCGCCGCGCCAUUUCCGAGACUAGGAGUAUGAGCAAAGCCACUUCGGUAGACCGCGCUGUCUCUUCCAUUUUUGUUCUUGGAAGCACUCCAGGUGUUACAAGUGCCCGCCGCAGUGAGGACAACAGGUCAAGGCAACCAUCCAUUGACUUGAAAUCACUCAGUCGAGAAGAGUUGGGCGGAGUGGAACAUCGCGCUCUGCAAGUUCUCCUCAAGAUUGUAGUUGUUUACUUUUUCGGUCUGCAUCUGUUUGGUGCGAUUUGCUUGAUUCCAUGGAUACAUCUUGCUCCCGCAAAGUACAAAGACUACCUCGCUUCGCAGGGCCAAGACAAAACAUGGUGGGCCAUUUACUCGGCACAAACCAUGAUCGACAAUCUUGGCCUUACCCUUACCCCAGACAGCAUGAUCUCCUUCCGUGACGCCACCUGGCCCAUGCUCAUCAUGUCAUUCUUGGCUUUUGCUGGCAACACAUUCUACCCAGUGUUCCUUCGCCUCGUCAUCUGGAUCAUGUGGAAACUCGCGCCGCAAGACUCUUCACUGUCUGAGUCGCUUCGGUUUCUGCUCGACCACCCCCGCCGAUGCUAUACACUGCUUUUCCCCAGCGCAGCCACGUGGAUCCUAGCCGCCAUCCUCUUCAUCCUCAACUUCCUUGAUACGCUCCUCAUUGUCAUUCUCGAUCUCAACAACCCCGAAGUCAACGUCCUCCCCGGUGGGCCCCGCGUUCUCGCCGCACUCUUCCAAUCCGCCUCAUCGCGCCACACCGGUACUGCCUCAUUCAACCUUGCAAAUGUCAAUCCUGCCGUGCAGUUCAGUCUCCUCGUCAUGAUGUAUAUUUCUGUCUAUCCGAUUGCCAUCAGCAUCCGUAUGAGCGAGAGCUACGAGGAAAGCUCCGUGGGCCUCUACGCGGCAGACGAGAGCCUUGAUGAGAAGAACGACAGCAAGACGUACAUGAUCAACCGUAUGCGCAACCAGUUAAGUUUUGACCUGUGGUACAUCUUCCUCGGUGUCUUCUGCAUCUGCACUGUUGAGAGCAAGAGGAUUACCAAUCCAAAUGAUCCUGCCUUCUCCGUCUUCUCCAUCUUCUUCGAAGUCGUCUCUGCUUACGGCAACGUCGGACUGUCUCUCGGCUACCCAACCAACCUUGCUUCCCUCUCGGGCGAAUACACCGUCUUCGGUAAAGUCGUCAUCUGUGCUAUGAUGCUGCGUGGUCGCCACAGGGGUCUGCCAUAUGCACUUGAUCGCGCCAUCAACUUGCCGUCUGACCUUGUUACUGAGGAUGAGGCGGACAAGUAUAAGGAUGACGAAACUGAGAGUGCGGCGGUGAGCCAGAUCGUGCAUGAGGAGACUCGCCUUGAGAGGGGACGGAGGCUGAUGAGAAGUUUGACGCAGUAA